AUGGAUGAUGAGGUAAUUGGUGGAGGUCAAAAUAAUAAGAGGUUACCAAUGACCCUAAAUGUCAGUGGACUGUGGGACGUUGUCCCACGGUUGGAUCACUAUAGAUUGAGUCGCCGUGCCAAGAGGCCAUCACUGAGUACCCUGCACGAAGGAAAUCUUACAAAGGAUCCGAAUAUAGAAGCUGGUCAAGCUGGGACAACGCAGCAAGGACAUACCGGAAUAAAGUUAGGAUGGAUCCAGGGUGUUCUCAUACCGUGUCUGCUGAACAUAUGGGGUGUGAUGCUUUUCCUACGGCUGUCGUGGGUGGUGGCACAGGCCGGCAUACUGCAGAGUGUCAUCAUUAUUGGAAUAUCGGCGGCUGUCUGCGUCAUCACAACGCUUAGCCUCAGCGCAAUUAGUACUAAUGGGGAAGUAAAGGGAGGUGGUAUAUACUUCAUCAUUUCAAGAACCCUAGGAGCAGAAUUCGGAGCAUCAGUGGGAAUUGUUUUUGCAUUUGCUAACGCAGUCUCAGCUUCGAUGAAUACCAUCGGUUUCUGCGAUUCAUUGAAUGAUUUGCUAAAAGAACAUAAUUUGAAGAUCAUCGAUAAUGGUGUAAAUGAUGUACGAAUUGUGGGCGUACUUGCACUAAUCGUUAUGAUCAUGAUCUGUGCUAUUGGAAUGGAAUGGGAAUCGAAGGCACAAAAUUUUCUCAUAGCCAUCAUUAUUGCAGCUAUUUUUGAUUUUCUAAUUGGUACUAUCAUGGGCCCGAAGAGCAUAACUCAAGAAGCACACGGAUUUAUUGGAUUUUCCUCUGAAGUUUUCAAGAAGAACAUGGGACCAGAUUAUCGGUUCUCUGAGAACAGCAAUCAAACGUUUUUCUCUGUGUUUGCAAUCUUCUUCCCAUCCGUAACUGGAAUUCAAGCUGGUGCCAAUAUCUCCGGUGAUCUGAAAGAUGCAGCUAGUAGCAUACCAAUAGGAACUCUACUUGCAUUGCUAAUUUCAAUGUUCAGCUAUGUCACCUUUGUUGUCUUCGCUGGUGGAGCAGCCUUAAGGGAUGCUAGUGGCCAUGUUGGUCUAAAUGGCACUAUUGCAAGCUGUAUUCCAGAAGUCAAUUGCGAUUAUGGGUUGCAUAACAGUUAUUCGGUGAUGCAACUUAUGUCAGUUUGGGGUCCAUUCAUCUACGCCGGUUGUUUCGCUGCAACUCUUUCCACAGCUUUGACAAAUUUGUUAUCAGUGCCACGAUUGAUACAAGCAUUGGGACGAGAUCGAAUUUAUCCUGGAUUGAUUUACUUUAGUAAAGGUUACGGGAAACAUGGUGAACCCUAUCGUGGCUACAUUCUUACAUUCUUUGUUGCAGCAUUAUUUCUUCUGAUCGCAAAUUUGAAUGCAGUAGCACCUCUGAUCUCGAACUUCUAUCUCGCGUCCUAUGCCUUAAUCAAUUUCUGCACUUUUCACGCGGCAUUUAUUCGACCCCUUGGAUGGCGGCCUACCUUCAGAUAUUACAACACUUGGCUGUCACUAGCUGGUUUUAUUACAUGUGUGUCCAUAAUGUUCCUCAUUGAUUGGGUGACAUCGCUGGUUACAUUUGUAAUUAUUUUCGCACUGUAUCUGAUAGUCGUUUAUCGGAAACCGGAUGUUAAUUGGGGCAGUAGCACUCAGGCACAAACCUACAAAACUGCUCUUUCUAUCGUAUACAGAUUGAAUUCUAUCGAUGAACACGUGAAAAAUUAUGCUCCUCAAAUUUUGGCACUAAGCGGAUUACCUGGAGCUAGGCCAGCGUUACUACAUCUGGCAAAUCUCAUCACGAAAAACUACUCGCUACUGAUUUCCGGGGAAAUGUAUCCGACUCGUCUGUCUUAUCGUUUACGAUCAGUACGAUUAAGAAAUGGCUAUGCAUGGUUACAUCAACAACGUAUCAAAUCGUUUUACCAUGUAGUGGAGGAUUUGAAUUUCGAACGAGGUGCAUCAGCUCUAAUGCAAGCAACUGGUGUCGGAAAGCUUGCACCAAACGUAGUUCUGAUGGGAUAUAAAACGCAUUGGUCCACUUGUAAUCACAAGGAUCUUCAAGAAUAUUUCAAUGUUCUUCAUAAUGCAUUUGACCAGAAAUUGGCCGUAGCGAUGUUGCGAAUUGCAGAAGGUUUAGACUGCUCUGAAGUCUCAACCGCAAAUGGCGACGAUGAACACGGUACUUUAGCACAGAGUAGCUACGAUUUAACAGGAAAUACUCUGAUGCAUGUCGAUAGCAAUUUGUCCAUGUCUAGUCAGAUUCCAAGAGUUCAGAGUGUACCAACAAUGGAUGUUUCAGGCACUCAAUACGUGUCUAUCGAUGGACCACAGAUAAUUAGGGAUUCACCAACUCACGGAAGUGCUCGAGAACACCUGAAGCACAAACGGAAACAUACGAUCGAGAAAUUAAUGGAAAAACGACACGCAAUGACAGCUGUUCCUGAACGUUUAGCUAUUUUCCAGAAGAAACAUAAAACUGGUACUAUUGACGUAUGGUGGUUAUAUGAUGAUGGAGGUUUGACGAUUCUUUUACCAUAUAUUAUCAGUACACGUUCAAACUGGGAGCAUUGUAAAAUGAGAAUCUUCGCACUGGCGAAUCAUAAACAGGACAUUGUGGCACAAGAAAAAGAGAUGGCCGAGAUAAUGGCGAAAUUCAGAAUAAAAUAUACCAGCUUAAAAAUGGUAGAUGAUAUCAGUGUUCAACCAAAGCAGGAAACACAAGAUUUAUUUGAUAAACUUAUAUCUGAUUUCCGAAAAAACGAUUCUGCUGAUACAGAUUGCUGUGUGACGGAUCUUGAACUUCAAACGUUAAAAGACAAAACACACAGACAGUUGAGAUUGAGAGAACUAUUACUAGAAAACUCCAGUCAGUCUACAUUGGUUGUAAUGUCACUACCAAUGCCACGAAAGGGUGCAGUAUCAGCUCCGCUUUACAUGGCAUGGCUGGAAGCUCUAACUAAAGACAUGCCACCGACUCUUUUAAUACGUGGAAACCACACGUCUGUGUUGACGUUCUACUCGUAGUUCGCCGAUCUUACUGCAAACAAUAAUAUAAUUUUUAGAAUCUAAAGAAAUUUACGUUAUAAAACGUCAUGUGGAAAGGUUUACGCAAAAUGGCGAAGACAUUUUCUAAUGUGAACAGACAGUAUUCGGUAUAUUCAUGCCAAAAAUUAGUUAGAUACUAUCACCUUUCUUUUUAUACAGUAUUUACCAACGUCGAGCCCAGUGGUACUUAAUGACGAGAUUAUUUUAACGUAGAAAGACAACAAUAUAGGUACUUACUUCAAUAAAUGAUAAUAUCGUAAAGAUACUUACGGGGCUUUAAAGUACACUGUUAAAGUAUAUAGUAAAAGCUUUUUGAAAGCGUGCUGUUUUUUUUCUUUUUAAUUAGUAAUACAGUAGAUUCUCGUUAUAUUGCCGCAAACAGAGUGGUAGGGGCGAAAAACUUUUGGCAGUAUAGUGAUAGUCCACUGUAACUGACAACUUAAGAGUGACUUUUGCAGACAUAUUGUAAACAAAAUAGUGUACAAUUCCACUUAAAUACACACUUUAGUUUUUUAUUAAA